AUGGCCGUGCGCGGCGCCAACACCUUGACGUCCUUCUCCAUCCAGGCCAUCCUCAACAAGAAGGACGAGCGCGCCGCGCCACCCGCGCCCGACGGCCGUCCGGCCCCCGCGGGCGCAGCUGUGGCGGUGGCCGCGGCCCCCGGCGUCUGCUGCUGGCGGCUCUUCGGGGAGACUGACGCGGGCGCGCUGGGGAGCGCCGAGGACUCGCCGCUGGCGUCUCCGGGGAGGACCCGGACGGCUGCGGGGCGCAGCGCGGAGAGCCCGGGAGGCUGGGACUCGGACUCGGCGCCGAGCGACGACAACGCGCCGAGGGCCAGCCGCGCCGCCGCCGGGGCCCUGGGCCCGCCGCCCUGCCCGCUGCCCGCCGCCAAGGACCUGGACGAGGAAAACGCGGGCCGCAGCGACAGCGAGAUGUCGGCCAGCAUCUCAGGCGACCGCAGCCCGAGGGCGGAGGACGACGGUGUUGGCCCGGGAGGCGCCCGCGCUGCAGAGCUGGGCGGCGGCGGCGGCGGGCUGGCGGGCGGCGCGGAGGAGGAGGAAGAGCCCGCGCCGCCCAAGCCGCGCAAGAAGCGGUCCCGGGCCGCCUUCUCGCACGCGCAGGUCUUCGAGCUGGAGCGGCGCUUCAACCACCAGCGCUACUUGUCGGGGCCCGAGCGCGCCGACCUGGCCGCGUCGCUGAAGCUCACCGAGACGCAGGUGAAGAUCUGGUUCCAGAACCGGCGCUACAAGACCAAGCGCCGGCAGAUGGCCGCGGACCUGCUGGCCUCGGCGCCCGCCGCCAAGAAGGUGGCCGUGAAAGUGCUGGUCCGCGACGACCAGAGACAGUACCUGCCGGGCGAGGUGCUGCGGCCGCCGUCGCUGCUGCCCCUGCAGCCCUCCUACUACUACCCCUAUUACUGCCUCCCGGGCUGGGCGCUGUCCCCGUGCGCCGCCGCCGCCGCCGCCGCCGCGGGCACCCAGUGA